AUGGUGGGAUUCCAAUGGAAGUUAGAGCAAGCUCAUCUUGGCACGGAUCUGUCAUAUGGUGGUCUCACUUUGGACUUAGUCAAAGCAUUCAAUCUUAUCGGUCGUGAACCGGCAGCAGAGGCAAUGCUUCACUACGGACUCCCACCUGAGUGGGUGCAAUUUUGGUUCUCCUCUAUAUCCGACAUGGACCGAGUCUGGGAAGUUAAUGGAAGCUUAUCUCAGCCCUUCAAACCAACUACAGGCUGUCCUGAGGGAGAUACAUGGUCGGUUGCCGCUAUGCUUGCGCUGUCCAAUGUGUGGAUACACAUGCUGCAAGAUACUCCAAAGCCAGUGGCCCCUCUGUCCUAUGCAGACAACCUUGGAUGGUCGGCACAAGACCCUGAUGCUCAUCAAGAUGCUCUCACUUUGACACUAGCCUGGUCCCAUGCCCUUAAGCUGCAGGUCGACUGGAAGAAAACGUGGGUGUGGGCCACUGACAGCACUCAUGCGGAUGCCUGGCGACAACAUCGACGUCAUUUUCCGGAAUUACAGGACGUCCUUAAAGUUACCGAUGCUCGAGAGCUGGGCUAUAUGAUAGCGUAUUUGAAAUGUCAGAACAAGAAGACUUUCUUUGCUCGACAUUCUGAAGCUCUUGAACAAUGUCGUCGGAUUUCACGGUUACCUCAUCCUUUGUCAGUUAAAGGGAACCUUCUUCGAGCGCCGCUCUCCAGACUCCUUUAUGGAACAGAGUUGCAUAUGGUAUCCUUGGAGCAUUUGAGACAACUCCGCACAGCCAUGGCCCGGGCGCUACUGGGUGGACAGUCUCAACCCAAUCCCUAUUUGGCACUGGCAAUUCUACACAAAGACAUCCUUGAUCCGCACUUUCAGCUCCUCUACCAUGCAUUCCGUACUAUCCGUCGGUUUUUGUGGUCCCGGCCGGUUGAAGACCGUGGUCACUUCUACCGUCAGGUUGUCCGACACUCUGGCCAUCCUUGGCAUGUUUAUGGCCCGGCGGGUACACUCCGCUACCAUUUGGAUUUCCUUGGAUGGACUAUGAAUAUUCAUGGUCAGAUUUUGACGGAUGCAUUUGGAAACGUGGAGUUCCUGACAAGUGCCCCUGCGCAUCUCCACCAAGAACUGGUCUUCGCAUGGGAACGACAUGUCCAACUUCAGCUUCACGCCAGACAUGAUUGGAAAGGUGUACCGCAACCGGAUUUUGCCACCACAGCCUCUUUGUUCACUAAACUUCCAGCUGACCGUCAGCGAAUUCUGGCAGGUGAACUCACUGGUUCCUUUCAACUUCAGCACCGCAAGACAAAAUGGGUUGAAGGGUUAGAUGAGCAUUGUCCCCUUUGUGGUGGAGAUGACACUGUUGAACACCGGAGGCUCCUUUGCCCCGCUUUACAGCAGGCUCGAAUGGCACAUGGUGACGUUGUAUCCCAUUUGCUGGAGGUUGACUCUCUCACGCUCCCAGUGAUAUACAGACACCCUGAGCACAUUUUUGACCACUGGUGGAGUCAUCACAUUCCUGAUGCCACGUUGAUGCCACAGGCUAAGCAACUCCUUGCACAGGAUUGUGCCCAGGGUCUGCGACCCUUGGUAUUCACAGAUGGCUCUGCAGCUCCGCCAGCAUACCCAGAAGCUCGCCAAGCAGCUGGUGCUGCUGUUGUGAUCUCCAGGAGUCAGGUUGCGACACCAACUCAGUGGGAAAUGUUGCUGCAUACUUAUUUUGCCUCAUCCAUGAUCCCACCGGAGUUCGUCACAAUGUGUGUGAUGCCUACAUCAGGAUCUCAGACGAUUCCUCGGUCGGAGUUAGCUAUAGUUGUGCAGGUCAUCCAGCAGAGCUCCUGUGUUGAGAUUGUGACUGACUCUCAAUAUGUGAUUGACCUCCACUGCCGAGUGAAGGCCCAGUCGGAUAUCGCAGCACUUCAGGCCCUUCCAAACUUUGACCUGUUGUAUCAGCUCUUUCGCCUACAGCGCCAGCCUGGCUAUGACGUUGUGUUCACUAAAGUGGCCUCUCAUGCACUGGCUCCAGGAGCCCCAACAUGGGAACGAGUUCUCCAAUUAGGCAAUGAGGCGGCGGACCAAGCGGCCAAAACUGCCCGGACCCAACUUGUUGAUGCCUGUCGACAGGUGCCAACCUCACACUAUCUGCAAGAACGUCAACGGGUCAGUGCACAAUUCGCACUAUGCUAUGAUGUUGGGUGCCUGCGGAAAAAUCUGUUGCAGACUACGGAGACCACGACUUUGCCUUCGCAACCUGCAUCUGAUUUUCUGGAUACUGAGGUUGCAGACCCUCACAUGUUCCCUCCCCAACUUCAUCAGACACCACUGAUCCGCUUCAGCUUGUGGGGAGCAGGAUUCACUGAAGGGAUCCUCUUCUGGGCAUCAAGCGUUAGAUGGCCAAGAGACAGUUUUUGCACAGCAAAGGCUGACAUUGGAUCGGUUAGCGUUACUUGGAUGGAGCUCCUCAUUGACUGCCAGUUUACGCUCCAACUUCAAUGGCCGCAUAGCACUGUCAGUUCGAAGCACCCUCCAAUACUCCGACAUCCUGGUAUCCAUGGUGUCAACCAAGUGGAUGUGCCAUUCAGCUGGAACCUCAGCAACUUUCGCCGAGCAAUUCGGCACCUGGAGGACCUCUUGGGAUUGCAGCUUUUGCCUAAAGCUCGUGGAACUGUCAACUCACUUUAUCGCCUAGGAGCUCGAGGCCACAAAAAAGGCAUUCCAUGGAGGCCGCAGCUCUGCUGCCCCAAGGAAGUGGAGCAGUCUCUGCGCGAAUACUUCAGGUUGCAUCCUCAUUGCACUCAGUUCCGAGCACAACCACCAAUGAUUCAACUUCCUGCCAAGUUUGUUGUUUGCUGGAAACUGGACGAACGAUCCUUCGAGCCUGACAUAGGCGGACUUCGGCUAGCCCGUUUCACCUCGUGGAAGCAGAAGGGACGACCGUCCCCACUGCCCUUUGGUCCUCCAAGGUGA